AUGAUAGCAACUGUUUGAUCAGCUGAUUUGUUGUCUGUAAGUUAUUAACAAUUUAAGUUUCUUUUGUGAAGGACUAUAGCAGUGAUAAGAAAAAUAAGUAAGAAUUAGCGCAUUUUAAUAAAUUUAAUUAGCUUCAAAGUUUAUUCAAGAUGUUCAUAUGGAAUACAUAGUUUCACAUGAUGUGGAAAUGUGAUGUGUUUCCUAGAAUUAUUGAUAAUACUCUAAAAAUGAACAAUGUUCACUGAUAAAAUCUAAAAAUGAGUAACUCACGUAAUGCAGCACCUUCGAGUGCUUGCUAUCUGGAUAAAGAAAUGAUUGAAAGUGAUUCUUUAGCAGUAAAUGAAGGAUUCAAACCCAAGAAACUUUCUUCUGGAUCAUUAAGUGCUACUGAAAGUGUAAGACCAAAAAUGGUUACAGUUAAACAUCCUGAAUCAAACAAACCAAAGCCUACAAUUAAGAAGAAUAAGCCAAUUCAAGCUGAUCUUGAUGUAACUAAAGAAUUUGUGAGAUGUAAAGAAGAAAGUUUAACUCGCUUGGAUUUAAGUAAAUCUAACAUUACCAAUUUACCAGCGACUUUGAGGGACUUGAAUCAUUUACUGGAGUUGUAUUUAUAUGGAAACAAGCUGGUGUCUUUGCCCCCAGAAGUCGGCUGCCUGGUGAGUUUGCAAACACUUGCUUUAAGUGAAAAUUCAUUAACAGCACUACCAAACUCUUUGGCCAAUUUAAAACAUUUGAAAGUCUUAGACUUACGACAUAAUAAGCUUAAUGAAAUACCUGAGGUGGUAUAUAAGUUGACAUCACUAACAACAUUGUUUCUGAGGUUUAAUCGAAUUAAAUAUGUCGAUGAGGAUAUUAAAAACCUAACAUCUUUAACCAUGUUAAGUCUGAGAGAAAAUAAAAUAAAGUCUUUACCAGCUGGCAUAGGCAAUUUAGUUAAUUUAGUUACAUUUGAUGUAUCUCAUAACCAUUUGGAGCAUCUUCCACAAGAGAUCGGAUGUUGUAUCAAUUUGUCAACUCUGGAUUUGCAACAUAAUGAAUUACUAGAUAUACCAGAUACUAUUGGGAACUUNAUUGUUUGA